ACUGGGGAGAGGCACACAUAAGGGACCAUCUAAAAAUACGCGCGUUCAACUCUCUCACUCUGAUUCUUGUCUCCUCCCUCUUUUCUGAAGAACGUGUUUUGCAUUCCCCAUUUUGCAGUUGUUAUCUGAAUCGGUUGCUCUCUGUUACGUGGGGUUGUAACGAGAUUGGAAGAUUCGCGCUCUUGCAUUUAUUCAAGUAAAAAUGCCUCUUCCGCAUCUCGGCCCACAAGUUGAGCCCAACAUUUCCAGGCUUGAGGAUAAGUCUAAUCUAAAAGUGGAUGGCAAUGGUGGAGAAAAUGGGCCUGGUCAAGCGCACAUCGCCACAUCCCACCAUGGUUUCUGAGCUAUUUAUGGGUCAACAUUACCAUCAGAGACCACACCACAGUACCAUAUAUUGUCAUCAACAAUCAGAGACCAUGCACGCUUCUUCACAAAACUUAGGGGAUUCUUUUACUCCAUAUUCUGCACCAGGUUGCACUGAAAAGAAUAAGAGUAUGGUUGGAAACAAAAGGAAGAGAAACAGUGAAAGGCUUAAAGAGAAACAAAAUGAAGUUAUCCAUGUAAGAGCAAAAAGAGGUCAAGCAACCAAUAGCCACAGUUUAGCAGAAAGGGCAAGAAGAGAGAAAAUCAAUGAGAAGAUGAGAAGUUUACAGGACUUGGUUCCAGGGUGCUAUAAGGCAAUGGGAAUGGCAGUAAUGCUAGAUGUGAUAAUAAAUUAUGUUCUAUCACUACAGCAGCAAAUUGAGUUUCUAUCCAUGAAACUUUCAGCAGCAAGUAUGUAUUUUGAUUCAAGCACGGUAGAGAUGGAUGCCAGUCAUGCCACCCAAACCAUACAGAGGAGUGCUAGUCCACAUGAAAUACAAGAGAUGGAAAGGAUAGCAAGAGAAGGUUAUGCUUAUGGUGGGACUGGGAUCUGCUAUUUCAAUCCAGCAUGGCCACUUCAUUGACAAGUUUUUGUCUCUUCCAUAAUCAUACAAAACACAUACAUACUUCUAUGUUUUUAUUUGAAACUUACUUCUAUGUAUAUUACUUGGCUAAAUGUAAGAUGAAACUAUUUACAACAAAUAAAUAAAGAAAGCAUUGUACAUUACAGAAAAGUGUAAUUUAAGUGUGAAACAUAGUGUCGACACCAACAUCAAAUAAAUAAAUAAAGCAUUGUACACUACA